CUUCAUCAUCAUCAUCAUCCUCUCCUCCCUCCUGUCUGUCUGUCUGCCCUCCCCUACCACCCUCCUCCUUCCUCCCUCCUCCUCCUCCUCUCUCCUCCAUCCAGUGAAGGCAUGGCCAGAUAUCACAGCGACAAAAGAGAGAGAGAGCGCGGUAGAGAGACCUUGAGGGGGGCUGAGAGAGAGACGGAGUGAGAGAAGCAAGGCUGCAGACUUCCAGAGCAGAGAGGAAGAGGAGAGGAGGAAGGAGAGACACACACACAGAGAGAGAGAGAGAGAAGUCUCCAUCUUCGCCAUUUCAAUCAUGACUCUGGAAGACGGCGUCUGAAAUUCUGUUUGGUUUAAAGAUUCUUCAGCUACAGCACCAGCAGCAGAUUGAGGUGGUGCCACACAGCUACAGCCAGAUGGAGGUGAAUGCAGUUGAAAAACGCCAUCGAACACGAUCCAAAGGAGUCCGAGCUGCCGUGGAAGCAGUAACACAAGAGUUAUUCAGCUGUCCGACCCCCGGCUGUGAUGGCAGCGGUCAUGUCAGCGGGAAGUACGCCAGACACCGCAGCAUCUACGGCUGCCCAUUGGCCAAAAAGAGGAAGGCUCUGGAAAAACAACCACUGGAGCCAGCUGCCAAGAGGAGGCCCUUCCUCACCUCCUGCCCGGGUGAGGAGGAAGAGGAUGCUGGCGCCUACGCCAGCUAUGUGAAUGAAGCCGUGGAAGUGGGGCAGACGGGGAAGGAGCAGGGGGAGGUAGUGGAAGAGGAUGAUGAGGAUGAGGAUGGCGAGAGAGAAGGGGAUGAGGAAGAAGAUGGGGAGGUGGAGGAUGAGUUCUCUGAGGACAAUGAAGAGCAGGGAGACGAGGAGGAGGAAGAAGAGGAAGAGGAGGAGGACAUAGAGGUUGAUAGAGCAGAUACAACUAUAGGGGCUGCACAGGCAGAGGAUGAGGAGGGGAUGGAUGAGGAAGAGGAAGAUGUGGACGAUGGUGAUGAUGAGGAGGAGCAGGAGGACGAGGCAGAGGACGAUGAACAGGAAGAGGAGGAGGAAGAGGAGGAGGAAUUGCAGACUCGUCAGCAGGAGAACCACUACAAACCCAGUGGACAAUCAAAGCUCAUUGCAAUUCAGAAGGACGACAACAACAACAGCUGCACCAUCAGCGCAGGUAACGGCACCGGCGAGGAGUACGAGAACUACGACGAGCUGGUCGCCAAGUCACUGCUCAACCUUGGCAAGAUCGCCGAGGACGCUGCCUACCAGGCCAUGACUGAGUCGGAGAUGAACAGCAACUCCUCCAACAGUGCUGGCGAGGACGACGACGAUGAGGAUGAUGACGGCAGCGAACAGGGCGACAGGAAGGGCGAACUGAGCGUGGACUUGGACAGCGAUGUGGUCAGAGAGACGGUGGACUCCCUGAAGCUCCUGGCACAGGGUCACGGCGCCAUGCUGCCUGAAGACGGCUACCCAGAGAGCACCAUGGUGGAUGACGGCUGCCAUGUAAACGGCCGGCCCGGCGUGGGGUUGAGAGGUCAGGCAGAGGAGAGCGAGGAGGAGGUGUGUCUCAGCAGUCUGGAGUGUCUGAGAAACCAGUGUUUCGAUCUGGCUCGGAAGCUAAGUGAGACGCAGCCAUCUGAUCGUCCUGCCCUCCACGCUCUCCACCACCAGCUCCAGAACCCAAUGGACCAGCAGGUGGUGCACCACCUGAGCAGGUACGACAGCUGCCAGCAUGGUGCCCAGGAGGAGCCCAGGUCUCUGGAGCGCAGCUACUCCGACAUGGUGAACCUAAUGAAGCUGGAGGAGCAGCUGAGCCCGGCGUCCAGAGGCUACCCGACCAGCUGCAGCCAGGAAGGCGACGAGGACACCACGUCGGUGGCCUCCGACCGCUCGGACGAGACCUUCGACAUGGCCAAAGGAAACCUGUCACUGCUGGAGAAGGCCAUCGCUUUGGAAUCAGAGAGGGCGAAGGUCAUGAGGGACCGGAUGACCUCAGAGCACACGAUGCCCCGUCGGGAUCACCAUCACCAUCGCGGCCACGGCGAGCAUAGCCCGAGGCUGAGCAGCGCCGCAGAAGAGCGCAAGUCCAGGAUGCAGCAGGAUGGGUUGAAGAGGGCGUACUACCCUAAAGACUCUUCCAGGGGGGAGAAGAAGGAGAGCAAGUGUCCGACGCCAGGUUGCGAUGGGACUGGUCAUGUGACGGGUCUGUACCCGCAUCACCGCAGCCUGUCUGGGUGUCCCCACAAGGAUCGAGUCCCACCUGAGAUCCUUGCCAUGUAUGAAAAUGUUUUAAAGUGCCCUACUCCUGGCUGUUCUGGACGGGGUCAUGUCAAUAGCAACAGGAACUCGCAUCGCAGUCUGUCCGGCUGUCCCAUCGCUGCUGCAGAGAAGAUGGCAAAGGUCCAUGAGAAAAGUCACUCGACUGACAGCGGCAGCAAGACCAAUCAGACGUCAGACCGUGUCCUCAGGCCGAUGUGUUUCGUCAAGCAGCUGGAGAUUCCUCAGUAUGGCUACAAAAACAACGUUCCCACCAGCACACCUCGGUCCAACUUGGCUAAGGAGCUGGAAAAAUACUCAAAGACCAGUUACGACUACGGCGGCUACGACAGUCAACAUGGAGGCUACGGAAAGAGAGGCCCAACAACCAAGUCCCACCACGGGCGAGACACCUCCCCGAAGGGAUAUGAUGCUAAGCGCUACUGUAAGACGUCCAGCCCGGCCAGCAGUACGACCAGCAGCUACGCACCCAGCAGCAGCAGCAGCUUGAGCUGUGGAGGAGGAGGAGGUGGAGGAGGAGGGGGAGGAGGCGGAGGAGGAGGAGGAAGCAGCGCCAGCAGCACCUGCAGUAAGAGCAGCUUCGACUACACCCACGACAUGGAGGCGGCCCACAUGGCGGCCACGGCCAUCCUUAACCUGUCGACUAGGUGCCGGGAGCUCCCGCACGCUCUGGGAGGGAAACCCCAGGACCUGCUGACACAGAGUCCAGUUGGCGAUCUGGACGACAACGGUGCGGUGGAUGUGGCCGGUCAGCCUGGUGGUCCGGAGGGCAGCGGGACGGUGUUAACCCCCCUACAGCCGAUGUCGCCCCAGCGGCAGGCUCUGCUCAGCAGCCGCUGUUACCAGCUGAGUGACACCGACUGCUGGGACCUGCCCGUCGACUACACCAAGAUCAAACGGCUGGGAGACGAGCAGGACCACAAAGAGUCGGCUUAUUUCUCGUCCCUACACCAGAGCGACGAGCUGGAUCCCUUCCAGGACCUGCUGGACGAGCAGCGCUACCCGGCCGAGGUGACCAUGCCCAGCCCCAAACACCACAAAUACCCGCCCUGCAAGGAGAGCAAGAAGGAGCUCAUCACGUUGUCGAGCUGUCAGCUGGCCGACAAGAACAUCCGUGCGAUGAUGACGACCAACUCACAAGAACUCAAGUGUCCAACCCCUGGCUGUGAUGGAUCUGGACACAUCACCGGAAACUACGCCUCCCACAGGAGUCUGUCCGGAUGUCCACGAGCCAAGAAAAGUGGCAUCAAAAUCCUCCACAGCAAAGAGGACAAGGACGACCAGGAGCCAAUCAAGUGUCCAGUCCCCGGCUGUGAUGGACAGGGUCACGUGACGGGAAAGUAUGCCUCUCAUCGCAGUGCAUCAGGCUGCCCCCUGGCGGCAAAGAGGCAGAAGGACAGCUAUGUCAAUGGCCCACAGUUCGUCUGGAAAUCUGGGAAGACAGAUGGCAUGUCUUGUCCGACUCCGGGAUGUGAUGGCUCAGGACACGUCAGUGGGAGCUUCCUGACUCACCGGAGUCUCUCCGGUUGUCCCCGUGCCACCUCAGCCAUGAAGAAGGCCAGGAUGAGUGGCGUGGAAAUGCUGACAAUCAAGCAAAGAGCAAGCAAAGGCAUCGAAAACGAUGAAGAAAUCAAACAGCUGGAUGAAGAAAUCAAAGAUCUGAACGAGUCAAACAAUCAAGUGGAGUCGGACAUGAUAAAACUGAGGACACAAAUAACCACCAUGGAGACCAACCUGAAGUCCAUUGAGGAGGAAAACAAAGUGAUCGAACAGCAGAACGACUCCCUGCUGCAUGAGCUGGCCAACCUGAGCCAGUCGCUCAUCAACAGCUUAGCUAACAUCCAGUUGCCUCACAUGAGACCGCUGCCACAGAAAGAGGCCCCAGUAAAGCAUAACUGCUGUUUACAGAUGCCUCCCAGAGAACCAAUGAAUGAACAGAACUUUGACACUUAUGUGAGUACACUGACAGACAUGUACACCCACCAGGACCAGUACCAGAGCCCGGAGAACAAGGCGCUGCUGGAGAACAUCAAACAGGCCGUUCAGGGCAUCCAGGUGUAGCCCUGUCUGAGGCUGAAAUAGCAAAUGCAAAGCAAAAACAACAAAGGAAAAAAGGGUGAAAAAGAGGGGAUGGGUUGUUUUUUGCUGCUGUAAUCUACCAUAGUUCUUUUAUUUCUUCUGCAGUUAUGCUCUCAACUCCAUGGGUCUCUUUUUUAUUAUGUUGAUUGUUGUUGCCUUGCUUUGAAAAACAACAUUUUAAACAAACAUUCACGUUUUGUACAUUUUCAUAUGACCUAAUAUAAUGUGAUGUACUGUUUAUAGCUGCUAAUGUAUGCACAUUCUAGUGUAUAUGUAUGUAUUUAUUUAUCGUAAGCUUGAAUCAUUUCUUAUUUUAACGCGAUUUACAUCACAUCAAAAAACUGGGCGUCACGGGUUUAACAGGGAGCAGAGUGGUGAGUGGAACACGAAGAGCAAUCAUCUCUGAAAGGCUUUUCUCACGAGCUGUAAAACUGGAAGUUGUUCAUUGAUUAUUUAUUUUUAUUUUUUUUUUUUUUAAUGUCUCAAAGUGGACACUAAUGUUACUGUAAACCUUUAGCUAAAUAUAAUGAGAAGAACCAAUGCUGUAAGCAACAAGAAGAUUUCAAACAUCAUGACACGGAAACUUUCUGGUGCAAAUCCCAUCAUCCCCUUCGGAGUUGUUUCAUUUCAAACUGUCCUGUUCUGCUUUUUCUUUGUUCAUGCAAAGAACGAAGUGCGAAGAACAAUGGCUACAGAAAAUGUAGGAGACAAUCUGCUUGUGUGAAUUUAUUUUAAAUCAUCAAGUAGCUAAUAGGACAGCGUGUCAGCAAUAUUGGUAUUAUAAUAUUAAAUCGUUUCUUUAGAUAUGGGAUGCAAUCUAUAUGAGAAAAUGUUUGGGUAUAUGCAAUUUCUUAUGAAUAAAACUAGCAAAGUGCUGAUAGAUCUUUUUACUAACUAUAAAUGUAUUGCGUUUUGUAUAAACCUUUUACUACAAUCAUGUUUUAGGAAUCUGACACGGGUGAAAGGACUUUGGUUCUGUCAUGUUCGACUUUGCACAGGGACACCUUUGUUUCCAUGUUUUGAUGUUUUUAUUGUCGAUUAAGAGGCACUUAGCAGGCAAAAGGAUCUGUAGAUACAACUUUUCUUUCUAAAGGCUGACGGCUCCGCUGGACUUACAGGGUCAAACGUCCCCAUUCGUCAUUGUAUAUUGCACUCGUUCUGUAGAAAACGUCUUUCCAAUCAUGCAUCUUAUUGUCUGAGCCACAGUGAGACAUGAUGCCAGACGACAUGAUGACCAAGCACCGCUUUUUUAACAAGAAUUAUCUUUGUUAUUGAAAAGAUGAAUGAAAACUGGAGCCAGCAGUCGUAACGCGAUGUCUGUGCACUGAAUUUACCGACCGAGUAUUUGCUCUAAAUGGGCCUUAUGAUGACAUUCGGUCUGAAAUCACAGUACUGAUGGAGUAUGUUUUCUGAACACCGUCGAUCAUGCAUGCACUUUAUUGGAGUAUGUUAAAGUAUUAUCACGUGGUAAAUGAAGCAAAAACUGUACAGCGAGUUUGUGGAAACUGUGACUUCGACAAGACUUUGUGCUGGUUGUUUGAAAUCAACCUGGAGCAAAUUUUACUGAGCUGAUGUGUGAUUUGAAGGAAAACUCCCCCUCUGAUCUCCUUACACUGUCGAUCUCCCCUACGCCACAGUUGUGUUGUCUUUUUAAAGACCUUAAAUACUGAACCACACUGACUUCUAUCUAAAACAUCACCCUUCAAGGUUUCUUCUUCAGUAUGCAGCAGUGUUUAAAAACAUGAAUGCGCUAGAAAAAAAUUCUACAGUAAUCUUCUAAUCAUCUAGGUCGAAAGUGAAGGCUAAUUCUACACCACAUGUUAAUACAGUGGCAAAAACUGAAGGAGAGAUUCUAUAGGAGUCCCAUUUGAUUUUCUGCACAGCCAAUGCUACUGUGAUUGUGAUAAAUAAAUAGGUGCUGUGUGAGCACUAACGAGAAGUUAGGACUAGCCCUCCGUUGUGCCAAAUUAAUGGAAAGAGGCAUGAUUUGAAAGCUGAAAUAAUUCAAACUUUCAUAGCAUUAUGUCAUCCGGGAACUUCAUGUGAUUCUAAACCGAGGAACACUGACAAUAUUAUUAGAAUACAUUUUUGAAAUGGGAAUGUCUAGUUGAAGACAAAAUCUAGAAUUAGCAACUUCUCCAUCUUUGUAGCUUAACAGUAACAUGAACAGAAUGAACAGAAAGUAGAGCAAUAAAACAGCAGUAUAACAUUGGAAUGGGUUUCUAUACAAUCAUUCAGUUUUAGGUGACAAUUAAUUGCCUUAUGACUAACGGCGAUUCAUGAUUUGUCUUUUUCUGUUCAUGUUUUGCCUCUAUUAGUUUUAGAUUAGUGGUAUUGGCACCUUUAAACACCAUGUUUUUGCUGCAAAUUGACAAAUCCUCCAAGUUAAUUGGAUCCUUGGAAGUGACUGAAAAAUUAUAUUUCUGUUAGUUUCAUCCAGCUGUUUUAAUAAAGGUGAAUGGAAACAAUUUUGAUGUCUAAACUCACGCUAUCCUCAUGAUGUUGAUCUGAUUAUACCAGUGAUCUGCCUUUCUCAAAUUUAAAAACUAAUUCCCACUUUUCAUGAAACUUACUGGGAAAAUUUUUAGGUGAGGCAACAUGGGGUCGGAUCGCUAUGGUGCUAAAUACUGUAUAUGGCCUGUCCUUCCUGAUUUAACCUCACUCCUUUUAGAAUGAAAUUCAUUAAAAGACUCAUUAUGGUAGAUCAGGGAUGACUAUCAGAUAGCAGAUCUGCUUAGUAAAACCAGCAUUGGCUUCAAUACUGAUCUGACAUUGCGCCCCACUCUUUUCUAAGAAAAUAUUUUUAAGCAUAACACAGACUGCAUUCCUCUCAACUGCAUUCAGGUGCAGACAAAAAAGAGUAAGAUAUACAUCAUCACUAUAGAUGAUGUAAAAAUAUUUACUUUAUCUAGUUCUUUCUUUUGUAAUAUGGGUGAACCGACCCUAAAAAUAAAGUAGCAGUCUCAAACUUCCACGUAUAUGAAAUAUGUCAGUCAGAUUUUCAAUAAUUGUGAUUACAUGACAAGAUGAAUCUUUGCUAAGAAGCCAUGAAACCCCAAGAUUAUAAAAUUCCACAGUAGGGAGAAACAAACCAAACUGCAGGCAGGGGGAGUUUUCCUUUAGAGAUGUUUCUUCUUUGGACAUAUACUGCAAAGUGUCAUUCCCUGACUUUACAUCUAUCCAGAGCUUUGCGUCUGCAGCUUCCUGCCAGUAAACUACUGCAUUAGAUAGACUGACAGCUUGUAUUUUUAUUUAGUCAGUUAUUCUUACUGAUAACAAAGGAAAUGGGAAUUAAAGCACAAUUCUGCCACUUAAAGACAGUCAAUAGACUAGAUAUUGUAAUAUCAGAUGUAAAAGCUAAACUGUAACUAUUUACAUAGAGAAUCUCAACACUAACAUGUGACAUACUAGAAUGCAAAAGAAAUCCAUAUGAAUAUUUGUGAAAUCAUCAGUUUAUGAAACUGUUAGUUUCUUUUCAGCAGUGCACUGAUAAGGGGUUUUUAUACAACAUUCGUUUUCUCUCCUUUUACCCCUUUUUCUCUGUUACUCGCAAACUUUCAACAACAGUUUUCUUACCACAUGGCAUGGGUUUUCGUUGAUAUUUUUGCUGUAUGUUUAAGGUAUGUUUAAGUUGCUAUGUGAUAUUUUAAUUUGACUUGUGAAGUUUGUACAAUUUUUAUCAUGCUGGUGUUGGCAUCUCUUGCUCUGAAUAAAUCUUGUGUUGCAACACUGA